CCAAGGUGCGGGAGGAGCGCAGCAGGUGCAGGAUCCCACCCAGCUACAGAUCCACGAGGCGCUGUCGAAGCUGCUGCAGCUGGAGAACGAGAGAAGGGCCAACGCCGGGGCGGAGAACACGAUCUUCACGAUGCGGGCAGAGGCGGAGCUGGACAAGCUGCUGGAGUUGGUGGAGGGGGGGUACAGCAAGGCGGGCGAGCAGGCGCGCAAAGCGGCGACGGACAGCAACACACAAUUCAAGGGAAGCCCGAACGGCAAGAAACCAGACGCGCUGCUCGCAAGCCUCCUCCCGCGCACCGUGGAGAUGUUUCGAAAGGCGACGGGCGGGGACGGCAGCGCACCAUUCCCGAAGUUCGUCGAGGCCAAGAUGAGCGAGGUUGGCGUGGAGACGAUGGACGAUGUGAAGGCCAAGAGGUGCUUCUCUGCGAAAGUCAAGAACGAAGAGAAGGGCGAACUAGUGAAGUGGAUCACGACCCUGGCUGGCGACACGGAGCCGGCGGACGCGCUGCACCUGUUGCAGACACAUGGAGUUCUGGAGGCACUGGGCAUCAAGCUGGAAGAGGACAU